UGCACACUCUGGCAAGGGCCGACAUUAUUUUGGUUGUGUAGGAACUGCAGCCCUGUACGCACCUACCUGCUGGGAUAUUGAGCUUUUCUUUUUCCCUUCAAAGCUUGGAGUUUGAGGCUUUUUGUCCAGGUCACACAGGGGAAAAAAAGAGUCUCAGAAACUCGGGGUUGGUACCGCGAGGGGCCUGCAGCAUGUCCGGAUCGGUUCCGUUCUACCAGAAGCACCAUCGCCACUAUGACAGAAGCUACCGCAGCAAGGAGACGGAGUCCAGGCUCAGCCACUACCAGACCGGCAGCAGGUACACCGCGGCCGGCACCACCUCCGCCAGCACCUCCGCCAGCACCAGCAGGAGCGGGGGCCUUAAAGUGACUUCGUAUUCUGGGCUGGAGGCGAGCAGACUGAGCCCCGUGCCCACGAGAGUCAAGCCAACGUACUUGGCUGUGGAUAAAGAGAACCAAAUCAUCGGCUACGUAGUGCCUAUCUUCAGGGGCAGUCAAGAGUUCGCUGCAGGAUUUUCGGACACCGAGGAGAGAAGGGUGAGAGACACGGCUGGAUACAUGGCCCGCAGGGAUUUGUUCACCAGCGGCCUGGAGAUGGAGAGGUCAGAGCAGAUCUCCAGGAGGGAGGCCAUGCGCGGGUCGGCCGAGCGCAUCUCUCUGAACAAAAGGAUCCAUGAACACGGGGAACAUUUCAAGCGCAUGAACGAAGACAGCCUGAUGCACGCCCCGGACUUUGUGAUCAAACCUCGCUCCCACACCGUGUGGGAGAAGCAGAGUGUGCGGCUGCAUUGCACCGUCAGCGGCUGGCCGGACCCGCGGGUCGUCUGGUACAAGAACAAUGUGGCCAUUGACCCUCUUUCCAAUGCUGGCAAGUAUAAGAUCGAGAGCAGAUACAGCGUGCACUCCCUGGAGAUUAACAAGUGUGAUUUUGAUGACACGGCGCAGUAUCGCGUCUCUGCCAUGAACUCCAAGGGGGAGCAGUCUGUAUUUGCCUCCGUCGUGGUCAAGAGGUUCAAGGGAGAAGUUGAUGAGUCCUUGCCAUCACCCAGACGUGCCGGUACUGAAGAUGGCCCAGUGUCCGAGUACGGCAUCAACUUCCAGACUCACAUUGUUGAUACGUUUGGCGUGUCGUUUGGAAGAGAGGGCGAGACCAUGAGUCUGGGAUGUACGGUCAUCAUCUACCCGGCUCUGCACCGCUACCAGCCAGAGGUCCAGUGGUACAGAGACGAUGUUCUGCUGUGUCCCUCUAAGUGGAACCACAUGUGCUGGAGUGGAGACCGAGCCACGCUGACUUUCACACACCUCAACAAAGAGGACGAGGGCCUUUACACCCUGCGCGUCACCACCAAGUCCGGAUAUGAAACCUACUCAGCCUACGUCUUUGUCAGAGACGCUGAAGCCGAGGUGGAGAGAGCUCCGGGUGCCCCUCUGGAUGUGCGCUGCCUGGACGCCAACAAGGAUUACAUCAUUGUGUCCUGGAAGCAGCCGGCUGUCGAUGGCGGUGACUCCAUCUCGGGCUACUUUGUGGACAGAUGUGAGGUUGGAACCACCCACUGGAUCCAGUGCAACGAGACUCCCGUUAAAUUUGCCCGUUUCCCCGUCACCGGCCUGGUGGAGGGCCGCUCCUACAUGUUCCGCGUGCGCGCCGUCAACGCCAACGGCAUGAGCCGCGCGUCACGAGCCUCUGAGCCGGUGGCGGCCAUGGACCCGGCUGACCGCGCCCGCAAGAGAGGUACCUCUGCUCCGUGGACCGGCCAAAUCAUUGUCACAGAGGAGGAACCUGCAGAGGGCAUCGUCCCCGGCCGACCUCUUGAGCUGCAGGUGACCGAAGCGACCAAGAACUACGUGGUGCUGAGCUGGAACCCACCCGGGGAGAAAGGCCUCGAGGGCGUCAUGUACUACGUGGAAAAGUGCGUCUCGGGCACCGACAGCUGGCAGAGGGUGAACACGGAGAUCCCGGUCAGGUCUCCUCGCUUCGCGCUGUUCGACCUCGCCGAGGGGAAGUCCUACAGCUUCCGCGUCCGCUGCUGCAACUCGGCCGGCGUCGGCGAGCCGUCCGACCCCACGGAGGCCACCACCGUCGGCGACAAGCUCGACAUCCCGUCCGCCCCGAGCAAAGUCGUCCCGACCCGAAACACGGACACGUCGGUCGUGGUGUCGUGGGAGGCGUCGCGGGAGGCCAAGGAGAUGGUGGGAUACUACAUCGAGGGGAGCGUCGUGGGCAGCGGCGCGUGGGAGCCGUGCAACAACAAACCGGUGAACGCCACCAGGUUCAUCUGCCACGGCCUGACGACGGGGGAGAAGUACGUGUUCAGGGUGAGGGCGGUGAACGCCGCGGGGCUCAGCCAGUUUUCCCCGGAGUCUGAGCCGGUGGAGGUGAAGGCUGCUAUCGGGGGCGGCAUCCCUCACGCCUCCCCGGCUCCUCCCUUCGGCAUCUCCGUCCUGGAGUGUGUGCGCGACUCCAUGGUGCUGGCCUGGAAGCAGCCGAGCUUCAUCGGCGGCGCGGAUAUCACCGGCUACUUCUUGGAUUACCGCGAGGUCGUCGACGGCGUGCCGGAGAAGUGGCACGAGGCCAACACCAGGGCCGUCAGUGAGAGGGCCUACAGGGUGUCCGACCUGAGGGAGAACAAGAAGUACCAGUUCCAGGUGCGGGCGGCCAACAUGGCGGGCGUCGGCAUCCCGUCGCAGCCCAGUGACACGUUCCUGUGCGAGGAGUGGACCAUCGCCGUGCCAGGGCCUCCUCACGACCUGCAAGUAAGAGAGGUCCGGAGUGACUCCCUGGUGUUGCUAUGGAAACCGCCUGUGUACCAGGGCCGCGACCCGGUCAACGGUUUCUACGUCGACAUCAAGGAGGCGGGCGCGCCGCAGGAGGCCUGGAGAGGAGUCAACACCAAGGCCACGGAGAGCGCGUUCAUCAAGAUCACGGACGUGAAGGAAGGAGAGUCAUAUGUGUUCAGGGUGCGCGCCCAGAACUACGCCGGCGUUGGACAAGUCUCCGCCGUGACGGAGCCGGUCGUGGCGCUCACCAAACCAGGCACCAAGGAGAUAGUGGUGGACGUCGAUGACAACGGCGUCGUCUCCCUGAACUUUGAGUGCGGCGACAUGACGGCCGACUCCAAAUUUGUGUGGUCCAAGAAUUACGAGGAGAUCACGGAUCCGUCCCGCUUGACUAUGGAGACCAAGGGAAACAAGUCCAAAGCCGCUUUCAACACCCCUGCGGAGGAGGACGUAGGUAUCUACUCAUGUCUGGUCACCCACACUGAUGGUGCUUCAUCCAGCUACAGUCUCUCUGAAGAAGAGUUGAAGAGGCUGCUGGUGAUCAGUCAUGACCACAAGUUCCCCGUUAUUCCGCUGAAGUCGGACUUGGCCGUGGAGCUGCUGGAGAAGGGAAAGGUUCGCUUUUGGCUGCAGGCGGACAAGAUGACGGCUAACGGCAAAGUGGACUACAUCUUCAACGAUAACGCCGUCUCUCAGGGGGACAAAUACAAAAUGAACUUUGACAAAAACACCGGCGUGAUCGAGAUGAUCAUGGACUGUCUGACUCCGGCGGACGAGGGCACCUUCACCUUCCAGCUGCAGGAUGGCAAAGCGACCAACCAGUCCAGCUUGGUGCUGAUAGGCGACGUGUUCAAGGCGCUGCAGAAGGAAUCAGAGUUCCAGAUGAAAGAAUGGGUCAGAAAGCAAGGUCCUCACUUCAUCGAGUAUUUGAGUUAUGAGGUGACACAAGAGUGCUGCGUGAUCCUCAAGUGCAAGGUUGGAAACAUGAAGAAGGAGACGUCGGCGCUGUGGUACAAAGACGGCCACCAGAUCAAAGCGGACGACAGUCUCGGCUUCACCGAGGGAGUCCUCAAGCUGGAAAUUGCUCAAAUUUCCAAGAAGGACUCUGGUGUGUACGAAGUCGUUCUGAAGGACGACAGAGGGAAAGACACGUCCACGUUGAAUCUGACGGAUCAAGGUUUCAAAGACUUGAUGAAUGAAGUUUUCAGUUUUAUCGCCAAUUCCUCCACCCCGCUGAAGAUCACGAGCACUGAUGAGGGCGUCCGACUCUACACCUUCGUCAACUUCUACAACGAUUUACUCCAAGUGACGUGGCACUACAAGGAUUCGGCCAUCGCCUUUUCUGACCGGGUGAAGAGUGGCGUGGUGGGAGAGCAGCUGUGGCUGCAGAUCACGGAGCCCACGGAGAAGGACACGGGCAAAUACGCCAUCGAGUUCCACGAUGGCAAAGCGGGCCUGCGGAGGACCGUUGAGCUGUCCGGUCAAGCAUUUGACGACGCGUUUGCAGAAUUCAAGAGACUCCAAGCUGCUGCCAUUGCAGAGAGAAGUCGUGCUCGAGUAGCAGGAGGCCUUCCCGACGUGGUCACCAUCCAGGAGGGCAAGGCCCUCAAUCUCACCUGCAACAUCUCGGGCGACCCUUUGCCCGAGGUCACCUGGCUGAAGAACGACAGGGAGAUCACCUCCGACGACCACUGCAUCCUCAGCAUCGCCUCGGGCAAGUUCGCCAGCUUCACCAUCACCGCCGUGAACACGAUGGACUCCGGCAAGUACAGCAUCCUGGUGAAGAACAAGUACGGCACGGAGAGCGGGGACUUCACUGUAAGUGUCUUCAUGCCCGAAGAGGCGGGCGGCAAGAAGAAGUAAAAGCGCUCCGCAUCUUGUCGUAAAUAUGUAUAAAUGGGAAAAAGAAGACACUGGAAAGAGCUGAGGGGAAGAAAACCGGCUUCAGGGUGUGUUUUUUUUUUUAGGGGGUUUGUGUUCUAUUCUCUAGAGGUGCUGACUCCAAAAUGAGUGUUGUGAUGAGUUAUUUUUAUUAGCAUUUGGCCCAGUAAGAAAAAAAUCACCUCAGAACUGUUUUAAUUUCCAAUGUAGUUUGAGUGAAGCUGCGGCGUGCGGAGAGGAACGUUUGCACUCAUUUUUAAAGCCAAAGAUGUAGUUUCAGACGUGUCGUGUUGAUGGGACGAAUGGAUCGUUAAAUCAAAGAGCCAAACCAAACGUUUUUACACGUUUUACCCCAUUUGCUAGAAAUUAUUCAUACUUUACUGCCAAAAAAGAACAUCUUUAACAUUAGAUUGAGCCAUGCUUUUAUCUAAGUUUGUAUUAGUAAAAUAUGUAACGCAAAAGUCACUGUUGCAUGUACAGGUUGAUGCAUUUGUUGCAAAUGGGCUGAAACAUGCAGUGUCAUUUAGUCCUGUUUUAUUGUUACAACAUUGUUGUAACGUGUUUCACCAAUGAUGUGAAAUCACCUUCACGGUGCAUCAUUAAUUCUGAUAAUACCGCUUUUAUUUUGAUGAUAACGAAGCCACUGUAAUAAAGACCGUUUUGAUCACUGUUGGUUAACAGUUGUUAUUGCAUCAGAGAAACUAAUAAAAACCAGCAUGUACCUCCCCACUUCCUCCA